AUGACCAAUACACCUAUAAACGAAGCUGGUCCUUCAUCUUCAAGUAGUUCGAGAACACACGAAUUGUUCGAAGAGGAUUUCGUCAAUGAGGACCAUCUCAAAGCUUUCGCGUCAGCUCUUUCUAUGAGUGAUGCUAUAGCGCUGGAGGGAGAUGCCUCACCAUUAUCACCUCGAUCACCUCCUGUCCCGCUAGAUUCACCGGGAAUAGGUACAGCCUCUAACGCAAGAUUACAACCUUCCUCUUGGAAAUAUGGUCCUGAUAAUGGAACUUUUCAGAGCGGAGGAGAAAGGGUAGAAAAAUUAACAGCUACUUCUGAUUUUGCUCCAAUACAUCAACGUGUAUCCAAACGUUCACGAACUUCCAAUCAAGGUUUGACAUAUCACCUUAUCCGAUGGCCAUUACUUGGUUUCUUCUUUACCAUCAUAUACUUCGAAUUCCUCACUUACGUUAUAACCAGACAAGUGGUCAAUGUAUUUGAGUGGACAUUGGCUUGGAGAGGUCACAAAGCGAAACUUCGAAGAGAGUUGAGAAACGCGAAAACAUAUGACGAAUGGAUAGAAGCCGCGAAGAAAUUGGAUAGUCAUUUGGGAUUUGAUGAAUGGAAAGAAAGUGAAGAGGACGCAUAUUUCGAUUACACCCUAGUAAAAAGGGUCAAGAGGACUUUGACGAGAUUGCGUUCUUCCAAAGAUGCUAGAGGAUUAAUGGAUGCACUAGCUGUAUGCGUUAGAAGUAAUUUUGCAGGUACAGAGAGCACCAAGAUAUACAGUGAAACAUUCUACGGGACCAAGCGGAUGAUUGAAGAACAUGUACAAGAAGUGGCGGCAUCUUUAGAUUUCGUAAGAACCGCUACCGAUGUAUCUUUGGAAGAGAAAAGAUCUUUCUUUAGAGCCAUCAAUAAGCAUUACGGAGCGAGUGCGCUGUGUCUUUCUGGCGGUGCAUCGUUUGGAUACUAUCAUUUUGGAGUAGUCAAAGCAUUCUUAGAAGCGGACCUUUUACCAAGAGUAGUGACAGGUACUUCUGCCGGCGGUAUCAUUGCUGCUCUUCUUUGUACAAGAACAGACGAUGAGCUCAGAGAACUGCUGGUACCUGAGCUGGCAGAUAAGAUUACAGCAUGUGAAGAUUCGUUCCGUGUAUGGUUCAAAAGGUUAAGACAAACAGGAGCAAGGUUUGAUACGGUAUCUUGGGCAAGGAAGGGAAUGUGGUUUACACGAGGGAGUAUGACGUUCAAAGAAGCGUACGAGAGAACUGGACGAGCGUUGAAUAUAUCUGUUGUGCCGUCUGACCGACACUCACCUACAAUCCUACUGAAUCAUCUCACUGCGCCCAAUUGCCUGAUCUGGUCUGCGAAUCUUGCGAGCGCUGCUGUUCCCGGUAUUCUUAAUCCUGUCGUUUUGAUGGCUAAAGAUCGUAAUGGAAAUGUGAAGCCGCAUAAUCUCGGUGGUUCUCGUUUCAAGGAUGGUAGUUUGAGAGAAGAUAUACCAUUAGGCUCGCUUCACACCCAAUUUAAUUGCAAUUUCUCCAUCGUAUCUCAGACAAACCCUCACAUUCACUUGUUCUUCUUCGCGCCAAGAGGGGCAGUCGGCAGGCCUGUCGCUCAUAGGAAAGGCAAAGGAUGGAGAGGAGGGUUCAUCUUAUCAGCAUUAGAAUCAUAUAUCAAGUUAGAUCUUUCAAAGCAUUUCAAGGUCAUCCGAGAUCUGGAUCUCAUGCCUCAAAUUUUACAAAGCGACUGGAGUGGUGUCUUCUUGCAGAGGUUCUCCGGUGACCUCACUCUCACACCAAAGACUACACUCAGCGAUUGGUUCCUCAUCCUGUCUGAUCCGGAUCGAUCGAGAUUAGAGGGAAUGCUCCGCGUGGGACAGAGAGUUACAUGGCCUGCAUUAGGGAUGGUGCAUAAUCGGAUGACAAUCGAGCGGGCAAUUCUAAGGGGACGCACAGAAGUCCGUUCGGCGAUCCAUCGGGAUCGGACAUCCAACGAUAUUACUUCUCCACCAACGAAGGAUUCUGGUGGACUAAGAGCUCCCGAAAUUAUACCAUUAGAAUCUGAUGCGGAUGCAGGAUUUGCUAGUCGAAGUAGGCGAACAAGGGGUAGUAACAGAAAUAAUAUGGGUGGAUUAGGAAUAACGACUACUAUCGAACCACCUGAUAGUACAAAUACGAACUCAACUAGAAGGAGGAGAAAUGGAACUCGAAGAACACGAGCCAAUGAGGUAUUCGAUUUUGAUAUGGGUGAUUCUGAUGAAAUACCAGAAGAAACAGUUUCACAACUUUCACGAACAAGUUCAAGGGGAACAACGCAUACACCUGAAACUGUUAAAAGAGGAUAUUCGAUUAAUUUAGGUGAAACUUUAAGACAUGUCAGAGCAUCUUCUUUGUCUUCCCUAAGUUCACCUUUUAGGUCAAUGAGACAAUCAUCAUUAUCACCAUCGACAGAAGAACCCCCACAAUCCUCCUCAUCCUCGUCGCAAACGCCACCGCCACAAUUACAACCACUACAACAGCUGUAUAGAGAAAGAGAAGGACAUCCACAGAAAUCGAAAUCGCAAUUAUCAGUCACGAGAUGGUUCGGAGGUGCAUCUGAUACUUCCUCUGAAAGUAGUGACGGUAAUGAUCCUGACGAUUGGAGAAAUCAACAUGGACCUUCCGACGAAGAUGCGCAUAGAGAAUUUCAGAUGGAUUCAGACGAAUUAGAAGAGGACGAGGAAGAUGGGAUUAUACCAAUUCCCGGAGGGGAAAGGGUCCCACAAGCGACAAUUGAUGCCACGGCUGCUGAUGGAGAAAGAUUACGAUCAAUCAGUACAGAAGGAGAAGAUAUGACCCCGCCUCAACAGGAUUUGGAGGAUGACAGGUGA